AUUUGGGACGGUGCGUUCUCCAUCCACGAGUCAUAAAAACGCCCACUGUAAUUUAACUAAAUUUUUAUAGCGCUACUGUCACUCUUGGUCCCCACUUUCCCAACAUGAAACAGUGUACCAACCAGAUCCCCCUCCUCAGUGGAAACUCCGGCUGGCAUUGGCCAAGAAAGGACAGUAUCUUCGCCAUGUUCAGUAAUCGUAAGAACUCCAAACGGCCCGAUAGCGAGCUAAUUGAGCGCUUCCAAGGUCUUUACGGACCUGUUUUAUCUCAUACAGAAGCUGACUCAAAGUCAGCAUAUGAUAACGCGUUUCCGAGCAGACAGAAUGGACCUGCAUUUUCACCAAGUGUCUUUGGAAAUGUAGGGGAAAUAGGUCACGAAUCUUUCAAUGGCCCUACAGUACCACAUUCAAUGGAGCCAUUCUCAGGGCAAAUAGUACCGUCUCAGAACCCGGGCUUUCAGCUUUACGAGUCAGCAUUAAAAUCCUCCGCCAAAGAGGUUGACCGAGCAGUUUCACCAAAAAAUCUGUUCGGUGCUGAGAGUCUUCAAUUCGCUCGACUGUGGCUUCCCAACUCUCAACCAAACUGGAAAAUCGAUCCCGCUUCAUUUGAUCACCCUUUACCUUCGCAGCAACAAAUCCAUUCGGGUCUUUUUCCCAGCAACUAUGCAGGUGAACCAAAUCAAAUCUUCCACUGUGACUCUGGCUACGAGACUUGGGACGAGCCGGCGCACGCUUUGUCCCAGAAUGGAAUCUCCAGAGCUCAGAGUACGAAGAGUGCAGUAAUUCCCACUUCGUCACAACGCUUCCCUGUAAGAGGAACAACGGUGCCACAUGCUGGGGGUGAGAGGUUCCGCUUUCAUACUUGCCUUCGAGCCUCGACUGCGAUGGUCGGGGACUCGAAAGAGGUGCCCGAAUCUUACCUUAAUAAGGGUCAGGUCUACCAUCUCCGGGUGACCGACUCAACCCCACCCAGGAUCACUGCCGAGGCCCCGAGGUACCGGACGUUCGUGCGAGUUUCGUUCAAGGAACAAGAACAGCGAGUCAACGCAGGAGCCUAUUGGCGGUUAUGGAAAGAUAGCCGGGGGUUGGCCGAGUCGUAUAAAUCGGAUCUUGAGCUUCGAGCCGUGGAGUACGCGGGUCAAGAUGGUCCUCAGAUGCAGGUUGAAGAAGAGUUCCUAGACGGGUUCUCUGUUACGUGGACGGUAAAUCAAGCCACCGGUCUCAACGAAUGCAACAUUCCGGUACGAUUCAACUUUCUCUCCACCGAUUUCACGCUGGCAAAGGGGGUAAAGGGUAUCUCGGUGCGCUUUUGCGCCAAAACAGAUCAGCUCAACAACAAGGAGACGCCCUUUCAGCCAGGAAUUUGCUACUGCAACAUCAGGGUUUUCCGAGACCAUGGCGCUGAACGAAAACUAUCAAAUGACAUAACCAACGUUCAGAAGAGAAUUGCCAAAUUGAGUGAGCAGGUUGCAAAGACGGCACAUCAUGAACCACCAAAAAAGCGCAAGCGUGGUAGCAUAAUUGCAAGAAACAUGAAUGAGCUCAAGGGCUCUAGUCAGACGGAAAAUGGUUGGUCGAUGGACCUGGGCGACGACGCAGCAGCUGCUUCGUAUUCAAACAAGCUACAGACAAAACUGGUCAACCUACGGAAAAUGUUAUUCUCGAGCUGCUCUGAGAGUGAGCUGAGUCUUCGCGGAGGCAAGGAGGACGAUCCUGAGGUGCACGUCACUCAAUUGCAAUCUAGCAGUCUAGGACAUCAGAGCACUGCGACGCAACGUAUAAGCUCUAGUAGAGGUAGCACUACCUCUCUGGAUGACUCGCUGGGUUCUGUUCAGAACGGCUUCCCAAUGACUGUGAAACACACCGGCCCGCGCAGGUCACCAAUGCCCGUUGCAUGCUUCUAUAUCCAUCGUUCAGGAGAAGACUCACCUUCAGAUCGAUACUAUCGCACAGUCUAUUUGAGAGAACGCUCUGCCCGCGACUUGAUCCAAAGGAUAUGUGAGAAAUUCUCAAUUGAUGCAUCAAGAAUUUCUUGCAUAUUACACACCAAUCAAGCUGGUCUUGAUAUUUUAGUUGAUGACGACUUUGUUGAGCAAAUAGCGGAAGGUCAGGAUAUGAUUGUUCAUUUGGAGAGGCUUCCCUUGAAGGACGGUGGAGCGGGAUCACCGCCGAAUGCUCCCUUGGGGAUUCGGUUGGAGUAUUGAUUCUAUCCAGGGGGGAUAUAUGCCAUGGCGCAAGCUCAUAAAGACUCGGCAACUCACUCUCCAGUUUGGCUCCAAUGGAACACCCUCUUUUGGUGUAUGCUGUUGGGGGUUCUCUAAUUUGAAAAGAUACACGAGUAACAAUACCUCUUAAUUGGAAAUAUAUAUCUCGCCCCGUAAUCAUUUAACACCAUUCAAUAGAGCUAUAGGUCUUCAAGUCCAGUGCUCUCGAGUGCCCAGAACCUCUUAUGACUUGCGUGUUGAUGUUAUUGA